GCAAGGACAAAACUGGCAAGUAUAAAUUGUUGCCCUUUUCUUCACCACUCUCUCCUUCCAACACCCCAAAAAUCGGAACCAAUGACAACGCAUACAACGCUUAUUUCUCUUCAUUUUCCCAUUUUACCCUUUUUGUUUUCCGAAAUUCUCGUCUAACCCAUUUCUCCGCCGCCGUAAACUAACGGAGGAGGAAGGAAGAGAAAACCAUGGAAUCGUCUCCGGUUAACCGUCUUCCACCGGAUUCUCUCCACCAGAUCUUCUCGUCUCUUCCUCUCCGUGAUAUUAUGAUCUGCAGAUCCGUUUGUAAGUUCUUCAACCAGCUUUUGACCUCUCAGUGCUUCAUUGAGAUUAUCUCAACUCGUCCGCCGUUGAAUCUACUCGCUCUCCGUCCUCCUCACCACCACCACAGUCACCGCCACAGCGGUAAUAAUAACGGACACGCGGCGAGUAAUCGACCGUACAUCCAUGUUUACGAUCCAGAGCAGGAUCAAUGGUUCAGAUUCAAUCUCGAUUUCCUCCCUUUCCGAUCUCCUCAGCCUGUAGCUUCUUCGAGCGGGUUAAUCUAUCUUUGGGGAGAUUCCAUUGAUUUAGCUGAAUCUAGCAAAUCGCUCGUUGCUUGUAAUCCGCUAACUCGGCAGUUUAAGGUGUUGCCUCAGCUUGGCUCGGCGUGGUCACGCCAUGGAACUGUACUUGUUGAUUCAGUUAAUCGAGUCAUGGUGCUCACCGAGCUCGCUGCGUUGUAUUACUCAGGUACUGUGAUUGCUAACCAGUGGCUCAAGUUCUCAUCGAAUUUACCAUCGAAACCUAGAUCCCCUGUCUUAAUGUCUAGCUCGGUUUUCGCCUUGUGCGAUGUUGGAUCUCCAUGGAGAAGUCAAUGGAAGCUUUUCUCGUGUAAAUUGACUAAUCUCACGAUCACUCAUACCAAUUGGGUUUGCUUGGAGAAACAUGAAUGGGGUGAUAUAUUCGAUAUCAUUAAACGACCACGUUUGUUGCGCGGUAACGGCGAUUCUAAGCUUCUGAUGAUUGGUGGCUUGAAAUCGACCUUUUCGUUGAACCCGGCUUGUUCGACCAUUCUGAUACUUAGGCUGGAUUUAGAGAGUUUGGAAUGGGAAGAAGCAGGUAGAAUGCCUUUAGAAAUGUACCGAGGCUUUCAAGAAUCGAGUAAGUUCAAAGUUUUUGGAGGUGGUGAUAGGGUUUACUUCUCUGCUAAAAGGAUGGGGAAGCUUGCAAUGUGGGACUGUUGGGAAGGCUGGAGAUGGAUUGAUGGUGUGCCUGGUUAUGCUGAUGGAUUGUGUCGAGGCUUUGUGUUUGAUGCGAAGCUUACACUGAUGCCAUGACCAAAAACAAAAAAAGGUCUGUUUGUGUUCGUCGUGCAUUCCAUAGGAGUACCCUCUAUCUGUCUCUGUUUAUGAUUAUUUGCUGAUUUCUAUAUGAUUGUUUAUGCUUCUUCUUUGUUGUUGUUGUUGUUAAGCUGUUUCGUUGUAUCUCAAUGUGCUUUGUUGUGUUUUCUUGUAAUCCAAACUUGGUGACACUGUUAAAUGGAAUGUGCUAUAUGGUUAUAGUCUUGCUUUGAGAGUCAA